UUUUAAGCAAAUUUUAUUUUAUGUAUAUAAUAUUUACCUAAUUAAUCAAAUUUAACUUAAAAUGCUAAAUUUAGGAUUGCCCACAAUGUGAAGCGUUAUAUGGAUUUAAAAACGUCACGGACACGCCCACGAAGCGAGCCUAGAGAUCAGCGCGGCUCGUGAACACUCCAGUAAUCACACUUCCCCCUGCAGCUCAGUAGGUGGCGGUUGCCGUUUAAGGAUCAAACCCCCUCUCCACAUUCGGGUGGUCUGAAACUUACCAUAAACCUGAGAGAAGCAGAAGAAGAGGAAGAAAAAUAAGAAGGAGGGAAAGAAGAAGGGAAAGGUGGAAGAGACGGUCUGUUAUUGGGGUCUUUUUGUCCCUCAUCUGUGGGGGAUUAGGAUCAGCUGAACUGUAACGUUAAAAGAAUAAACGGUAUCCUGUUGUCCCCUGCUUCUGCUAUCGAAUUUCCUACCUGGCAGCAACAAGCACCCAAUCAGGAGGUUUCACAAAUACCAAUGUUAAGCUGCUAAAAAGGUUCCAGAACAGUUUCCAGUACCUGCAAAAGAAAUUUGUUACAUUGCACUGACAAAUGGAGCCAAAGAGUAACCACCGUUCAGAUGGUGGGAAGAGUUGUUCUCACAAAAGUGAUCCUAAAACACGCAAGCGCAAUCACACAGGAAAGGAACAGCAUCAUUGCUCAGACUGUGGAAAAAGUUUCAAUCAUCAGAGCCUUCUUAACAUACACCGGCGCAUUCACACAGGAGAGAAACCCUAUCACUGCACAGACUGUGGAAAGAGUUUUACUCAGUUAGGUAGUCUCCAAACACACCAGCGCAUUCACACUGGAGAGAAACCGUAUCAUUGCUCUGACUGUGGAAAGAAUUUUAUAAGCAAGAGUCAUUUAACAUCACACAAGCUCGUUCAUACAGGCGAGAGACCACACCCCUGCUCAGAAUGUGGUGCACGUUUUUCUCAACUGAGCAAUCUCCGUGCACACCGGUACAUUCACACAGGAGAGAAAUUGUUUCACUGUACAGAAUGUGAAAAGCGUUUUAGUCGCCCGAGUUCUCUCCAGGAACACAAACUCGUUCACACAGGUGAAAAACCACAUUGCUGUUUACAGUGUGGAAAGAGAUUCGCUAGACGGGGUGGUCUUAAAGCACACCAGGCCACUCACACAGGAGGGAAACCGUAUCACUGCUCAGUGUGUGGGAAAAAUUUUCGUCACUCAAGAACUCUAAAACUGCACCAGUGCCUUUACCCAGGAGAGAACCCGUAUCGAUGCACAGACUGUGGAAAGACUUUUAAUCACCAAAGACAUUUGAUCUCACACCAGCGCAUUCACACAGGAGAGAAACCGUAUGAAUGCAAAGACUGUGGGAAAUGUUUUAGUCAACGAGGUACCCUCAAACUACACCAGCGCAUUCACACAGGAGAGAAACCCUAUCACUGCACAGACUGUGGAAAGAAUUUUAAUCAUCUGGGAAUUUUCAAAAUGCACAAGCACAUUCACACAGGUGCGAAACCGUAUCGCUGCUCUGACUGUGGAGCAAGUUUUAAUCAACCGGGUAAUCUCCAAGCACACCGCCGCAUUCACACAGGAGAGAAACCGUAUCACUGCUCAGAGUGCGGGAAGAGUUUUACUUGCCAGGGUGCUCUCUCCACACACAAGUACACUCACACAGGCCUGAGACCGUAUUAUUGUCCAGUAUGUGAAAAGUGCUUCGGACGUUCGGGUACAUUAAAGAGACACAAGUGCACUAAAAGCAAAAACACUCCUUCAACUACCCCAGGUCCCAAUGCAGAUCCUAAAGUAAACAGAAGAGGGGCAAUUAAAGCCACCCCAAAAAUACUAUAAUGUUUAGGCUGCUUGCAAUCUGCAGCCAUUAUCAUUAUGCUUUUGCUCUGUUGGGAUGAACUGAGAAUGAGAAUGAACUGAGCUCAGUCGGAAGACACUAUAUGAACUAUCGGAUGUCUCUGACAUGCUCCUAACCUCUAGAGGAUGUCAAAGAAUGGAAAUCUAUGAAUGUAAUAUUUCAAAUUAAGCAAGUGCGUUCAAUAUUUUUUCUUUUAUUAUAGUUUACAUAGUAAAAAAAGUAUUAUUACUUGAAAUCUGUGUUAGGUUAGGACAGCAAACUCCCAAGGGUGCACUCAGUGUGCUUUUACUGUUUUUUCUUUCUUAUAUCCCAGUUGUUAAGUAAAAUGUAAUAUAUUUUAGAUUGUACACUUGGAUGCAUGGUUUUGCAACUGUCAUUAAGUAGAAUUGCAAGUUUUCAUGUAGUUUUCCCAUUUGGUCUUUCAUCAUUAUGUGGUAUACCUUAUUGCCAAAAGUAUCUGUUCGCAUGAAGCUCUCUGUGCUGUGCUGUUCUUGAGCUGAUCCAAAGGCCACAUUAACCCCUUAACGCCUGUUGUUGCAAAUAUGCGACUAACCGUUUGAUUCAAUCAACCUGCCAAGAUAGCGCCUGCAUUCCCCCAAUGCCUGUUAGUGCAUAUUCGCUACGGACCUAGGAACCUUGGUGACAGUAAUUGGUGUUAUUUAUUAUUGAAUGCCUGCUGUUGGGUGCAUAAAUAAAACAUUGAUUUUUCACUGUUAUAUUACUCUGUUAUUGUUAUCUUAGUAUGGACCAUUAUGUCUGCUGUAGCAAAUUUGCAACAUACCAAAUUUACCCCAAAUAGACCAUAUUGCCUGUUGUUGCAAAUUUGCAACAUACCAAAAUUUCUAUUUAUUUUUGUGCAAAAGUGAAAUUAAUAAUCUCAACAAUAUUUACUAUCUACUUAAAGGUAAAACACACAUGAAACAUUUUUUCAUAUACAGCUACAUUAAUUCAGGCGUUAAGGGGUUAAGUUCUGUGUAUUAUGCUUCUCACUUUAAAAGUGAGUACUUUUCACAACUAGACACAGGUGCUGCAUCCUGUCACAGUACCAAGAUGGAAUUUACUUAGCUCCUGAGAGUGACCCAUUCUUUCAUACAUGUUUGUAGAAGCAGUCUGCACACUUGGUUAAAUACAUGGGAGGGUAUGGAAUUAAUGGGAAGUAAAAUAAAAAAAAAGUAUUAUGAUAGUUCCCAUCAUUUGGAUAGAGUUCUAUUUUGUAUGUUAGGUAAACACAAGACAUGCUGAUGAAGUGAUCCAAUUAACUGUUAGCCCAAAUAAAACAUUAUUCCUAGUCUAGAGCAGUAGUUUGAGUCUGUUCUCUGCUUGUCUUGUGUGGUAUAACAAGCACACACAUCUUGUACUGACCUGCACUCAUAUAUUCUGAAGGGAUUCGUUAGAUCCCUCCAACUGUCAAUUACCCU